AUGGGGGUAGUGGAGGAAUUGAGGGAUGAUGUUGUGCAUUUUGUUUAUCUCACAGUUACUCGACCGGACAUAGCUUAUGCUGUUCAUCUUGUUAGCCAAUUUUUAUCAUCCCCACGAACGACCCAUUACGAUGCUGUUCUUCGUAUUCUUCGCUAUGUCAAAGGGACUUUGUUUUAUGGUCUCCACUACGCUGCUCAUUCAUCCUUAGAGCUGCGAGCUUACUCUGAUGCAGAUUGGGCUGGAGAUCCUACCGAUCGUCGUUCUAUCACAGGCUAUUGUUUCUUUCUUGGUGAUUCCCUCAUCUCUUGGCGCAGUAAGAAACAAACUGUUGUUUCCCGGUCAAGUACUGAAGCCGAAUACCGUGCUUUGGCAGAUACCACCCAGGAACUCCUAUGGCUGCGAUGGCUACUUACCGAUAUGGGUGUUCACCAUUCCACUGGUACUACCCUUUGUUGUGACAACCAGAGUGCCAUCCAAAUUGCUCGCAAUGAUGUCUUUCAUGAUCGCACCAAGCACAUUGAAAUUGACUGUCACUUUGUACGUCAACAUGUUGCUAGCGGCACUCUUCGUCUUCUAUCAGUAUCGUCAUCUGAUCAGACUGCUGACAUUUUCACCAAGGCGCACCCUCCUGGGCGUUUUCAUGACCUAGUUUCCAAACUCAAGUUGGUCUCUACUUUACCACCUUGA